CCAUUCACCAAUCAAACCAUUGCAAUUGAGUGCAUUGACCAACCUGCUGCUGCUGCCAAUUCCAGCACUCAGCGAUUCAGUUGAAUAGAUGUUGCUUCCGCGUUUAUAGCUUCGGGUGUAGUAAAGUGAAUAACUAAAAAUCGAGUGUCGCAAUGCAAACACAGAUGUUUUGUUACUCAUCAAACUAAAAUGGCGUCGCUGUUUAUCAUUUAGUUAUCAUUCUCUACGUGAACGUUCCUCAGAGAUCACAUCCGAGUGAGUCAUAAACCAACAUAGCAAUGACAGUUUUAUAGCACAAAGUGGGAAUAUACGUUUUAUAAACGUCGUAAGAAGACUGGAAAGUGUUACUUUUGCAAUAUAAUAAUGCGCGAAUUCAAAGUAGUUGUGUUGGGUUCGGGUGGGGUCGGGAAGAGUGCUUUAACCGUGCAGUUUGUGACCGGAUGUUUCAUGGAAAAGUAUGACCCAACAAUAGAAGAUUUCUAUAGGAAAGAAAUUGAAGUAGACAAUUCUCCGUGUGUUUUAGAAAUUUUGGAUACUGCUGGCACUGAACAAUUCGCUUCUAUGCGAGAUUUGUAUAUAAAGAAUGGCCAAGGAUUUGUAGUAGUGUAUUCGUUAACAAAUCACCAAACGUUCCAAGAUAUUAAACCAAUGAAGGAAUUGAUUACGCGCGUGAAGGGUUCUGAGCGCGUGCCUAUAUUGUUAGUCGGUAACAAAGCGGAUUUGGAACACCAGCGCGAAGUAUCACAGGCCGAGGGGUCUGCUCUAGCCCAAAUGUGGGGCUGCCCAUUUGUGGAGGCUUCUGCUAAAAGCCGCACCAAUGUCAACGAAAUGUUCGCGGAAAUCGUGCGUGAAAUGAACGUUAGUCCUGAAAAAGAAAAGAAAACUUAUUGUUGUUGUACAGUGCUUUAAUAAUUAGAGUGUAAUGUGGCAUUUAUUUCUCGUAAGACUGCAAGGGCGAGGUGGCAGUGUAUUCUCCUCGGCCCGACGGCUGUUCGCCUCCAGGGCAGCCUGGGCGGCGGCGCGCCGGCCCCCAUCGCUGGACCCUUAGCGAGCGCGAUGCGCGUCAUAUCAAGUUGUUAAUAUCUUUGAUACAUACCAUUGUCCAAUCGAGGUGCUUUAUCUUAUAUUUUCAUACUUUAGUACUGGUAGAUACUCCCGCAAUAACCAUUGUCAUGUGGAAUCAAAACAAUACAUCAUUUAAAGGGAAUUUUUUUACAUGUAUUAUUAAAGGUUCAGAAUCAAAUAGCUUAAUUUAAUUUUCUGAAAACAAAGAAAAACAUUGCAACAGUUGUCGUUGUAAGCAACAAUUUUAAUGUAUUGUAAAUUAAUGUAAGUCAACUUUGUACAUAAUAUAUAAUUUCAUGAGAUUAUAUUGUGAAAGGACAAGGACGGUUUUAGGGAAUAAUAAGCCAUCCAAAUAUGCAAUAAUCUUAUAUGAUUGUGUA